GACCGAAAAUUCUUAAACAUUGGAUGAGAGAGAGACAGUAAAUUAGAUUCCCGCCAAUUCGAGAUCCUUAGAUCGUUUAUCUUCCCCAAUCAAUAACCGAACUUGCAUCUGGCAUCUCAAUCGACGUUUGCGUUCCAUCGAAUGGAGGAAGAAGAUAACAACGAGACGAUCCUACCCGAAUUCCCCACUGGCCGGGUCAAGAAGAUAAUGAAGCUAGACAAGGACAUCAACAAGGUGAACUCGGAAGCCCUCUUCCUCGUCUCAUGCUCCGCCGAGCUCUUCAUCCGAUUCCUUGCUGAGAAAUCCGCAGAGGUCACAAAAGGGAAGAAGCGGAGGAUAGUGAAGCUCGAACACAUCAGAAUCGCCGUCCAGAGGCACCGGCCGACGAGCGAUUUUCUCCUAGACUCGCUUCCUUUGCCUUCUCAGCCCUUGGAUCGUCCAAUAACUGACCAGAUUCAUCCUCGUCCUGUCACUGAGAAACCGGUUCCAGCUGGCACUCGGCGGAUUGAUGACUUCUUCAACAAGUCAGCAAACAAAAGUCCAAUUCAGAUCGACAACGAGGAGUCGUAGAUUAUUUUUCUUUGGUAACAAUGGAAAAGUUUGGGGCCUACUUAUUAAUUGUACCAAAAGCCACUCCGAUUUGGUGAUCUUGAUUAUCUGGCCCUAAUAUAGAAUGAUUUCAAUUGUGACUGUGACAGUCUUUUGGCCAAAUGCGUAGGCGAAUUUGAUGAUUAUAUUAACGGAGGUGUUACGCAUUACCAGCAAA